CAGUCUACCGAACUGUACUGUAGGUCGAAACACAACGACAUAGCAGCGGUGCUGUGGUUGUUUAUGGCUGCCGACUCGCUGCAGACGUUCGGAAAUUUGAAACAUAGAAGAAAAUAUUCGCAUUAGCGGGAGGUGCCGAAUGGUAAUUACAAUCAUCGUUUCGGUAGGGGACGUAACUAACACCGUGUGACACGCCUGGGCACGCGGCUAACUUUUACGUGUUUAAGGCGUAGUGAGAAUUUGAACUUCAUCGACCGCGAGUGAAAAUACUCAGCAGCGGUAAAAGCGGUCUUCGAACACGGAUAUAUAAAUAUUUUUUUGCUGUUUAUGCGAUGACCCACGCGGCUUUACACGGACCUUCUACUUUCUUCGCCUCGAAUCUUGAUGAUGGAACAAUCUGUAGUACUGCCGUGUCCGUCUUAAGUCAGCUAUGCUAACAAGCUAGUUAUGCUAGGUACAUGUUAGCUACCAGCGCGCAGUACAGUACAGUAGUUAGCCGCGUACAUUCACAUCUCCCGACAACUUUAUCGCGGUAUUGCAAUUGGAUUUGCGGGGAACGGGUCAAUAUUUUAUAAGCAUUUAAACAAAACGACGUUGGCAGAAAGUCCACGGCCAUUUUUCCCUACAAGCAAGUGACUUGUUGGUUGUACCAAGAGGCUAUGUCGAGUUGUAGUUUGGCUAUUUUGCAUUGCCCGUUGAAGAUUGUCGCCCGAAAACAGCAAGCCGUACAUAAGAUGCAACGUCCUCAAACAAGCAAUGUCGGAUCACGCUGAGUAACGUCGCCGGUUUGUGACAGGAGGCGAGCGUCAAGUUGCGCAGGUUGCUCCACAUUUUUGUGCGGAUGCGAACGCUCGGGGAGGGGGGAAGGAAACAUACCGAGGAGAAGACCUUGUUUUUGCGAAUCUGACUGACGAGGAGCGCGACGGCGGAUCGUCCUCGACUCCCGCAUCAAAAUGUCGGCCAUCUCUGCAGCCGAAAAAGUGGACGGAUUUACGAGAAAGUCGGUGAGGAAGGCCCAGAAACAGAGAAAAUCUCCCAGCUCGUCACAGUACAGGACUCAGAUCGCCCCGGUGGAGCUUUCGUCCCUGCCUCAGCUCAAAGACGCUCCCUCCACUGAGCAACAGGAACUUUUCACCCAGAAACUCCAGCAGUGCUGCAUGCUCUUUGACUUCCUGGACUCUGUGACGGACCUGAAGAACAAGGAGAUCAAGAGGGCCACACUGAAUGAGCUGGUGGACUAUGUGUCCACCAACAGAGGCGUGCUUGUUGAAUCCGCGUACCCUGAGAUCACCACGAUGAUCAGCACAAAUAUAUUCCGUACACUGGCUCCCAGUGACAACCCAGAUUUUGACCCAGAGGAGGAUGAGCCCACUCUUGAAGCUUCAUGGCCGCAUAUCCAACUCGUCUACGAGUUUCUACUCCGUUUCCUUGAGAACCCAGAUUUCCAGCCCAGUAUUGCCAAACGCUAUAUUGAUCAGAAGUUUGUACUCCAGCUUCUAGAACUGUUUGACAGCGAGGAUCCAAGGGAGAGGGACUUCCUCAAGACCAUCCUGCAUCGGAUUUAUGGAAAGUUCCUCGGGUUACGAGCCUUCAUCAGGAAGCAGAUUAACAACAUCUUCUUGCGGUUCAUCUAUGAGACUGAACAUUUCAACGGAGUUGCUGAGCUCCUAGAAAUUCUAGGAAGUAUCAUCAACGGGUUUGCGCUGCCUUUGAAGGCAGAGCACAAACAGUUCCUGAUGAAGGUGCUCAUCCCAUUACACACUGCAAAGGGACUGGCCCUCUUUCAUGCUCAGCUGGCAUACUGUGUGGUCCAGUUCCUGGAAAAGGAUCCAACACUAACUGAACCGGUGAUCCGAGGCUUGCUGAAGUUUUGGCCCAAGACCUGCAGCCAGAAAGAGGUGAUGUUCCUGGGUGAAAUUGAGGAGAUUUUGGACGUCAUUGAGCCAACGCAGUUCAAGAAAAUCCAGGAGCCAAUGUUUAAACAGAUCUCCAAAUGUGUGGCCAAUCCCCACUUUCAGGUCGCAGAGCGAGCGCUGUACUUUUGGAAUAACGAGUACAUUCUCAGCCUCAUCGAGGAGAACAUCGACAAGGUCCUCCCCAUCAUGUUCUGUAGCCUGUACAGAAUCUCCAAGGAGCAUUGGAAUCCGACUAUCGUAGCUCUGGUCUACAAUGUGCUGAAGACGCUGAUGGAGAUGAACUGUACACUCUUUGAUGAGUUGACCUCUUCCUAUAAAUCAGACCGGCAAAGGGAGAAGAAGAAGGAGCAGGAGCGCGACGAUUUGUGGAGGAAGCUGGACGAGCUGAAGCUCAGCAACAGCACACUAGAACAGAACAACAGCCACAAGCUCCUAAGUGUCCAAAACAACAACAAGAAUAGCAAUAAUAAUAACCGGGGCAGCCAGUGAGAGCAACCCACGUGCCAACUGACACCAGGCGUCAGCUGUUCACACUUGUUGUCUUGAAUGGACUGACGUCGUCUCCAGGACUGUCGGGAAGGGAUGAACAAAGAUUGGGGCGGAGGGGGGCGCCGGGGGUGACGACACCUCCGCAUUUUUAUAAAACAUUGAUGAGUGACUUUAAACGCCUCACAGAAAAGAUUUGAUGUUACCGACAGUAUAUUGUUGAUUUGUCCACUCUUGUUGUAUUCGGUGUACAUGUCCAGCGGUUGGAGGAGAGAGGAGGAGGGGGUGGGGGGGAGGACCGGGGGAUCAUGACUUGAAUUCAGCAAUUCAGAUUGUUUCCGCCACCAGCUGAAUCGCUCAACAAAGAUGUCUAUUUUGUACUGUCGUCGCUGCCAACACUCAUGCGCUGACCCUAGGGCUGCGGGGAAGUGCAUUGUGGGAGUUAAGAGGCAGCCGGGACCACACCCGCUCUGAGACGUUCUGAAAUGUACACAAAAAGAGGCUCCAUUCGAAAUCCCAAAAUGGAACAAUCAUGAUGAACAUCCCAAUCGGUUUUGUCUGUCUUGGUCUUGCGGAGGGUGUUUUGGAGUGUAAUAUUGUAUGUCACAGUUAGUUUUACAUUUCAGGUAAAUAUUUUUUUAUCUGGGCGAAACCAUGUGAGCGGCACAGCAGCUUUUAUUCAGAGUAUUUACACUGAAGUAUUGACACAGGGCUUUCAAUUGUACACUUUUUAGCCUGGGUUAUAGUGGGAGGAAUUGGAUUGACCGUUGCUUGAUUGUGUUGGGGGCAUACUGUGAUGCUGCUGUUGUGUCUUUCGGUUUAUAAAUAUACUUCAAAUAGCUGUUAGCUUAGCGUAAAGCCUGGAAAACAAGACAACAUCCACAGUUCAGCCGUUUUAUAUUAGACCAUGCUUAAACAGUCUUCGCCCAUGUAAAUGGUUUCGCAAAAAAAAAAGUUUUCCUGUUUCCAGUCUUUAUGCAGUGAUGCUCAGCAUACAACCGUAGGAUGUAUUUUCGUCAUGUCUAACUACAGGCAGGGAAGAAAAGUUGCUGUUGUUGUUUUUUUUUUUUUUAAUUACUUUGAAUUAUUUCUGUAAAUAAUAGAAGCGAAAGUAAGACAUACAGUGCUAUAUUUUUCCAAAGUUUAUUUUUUGGGCAGUUCAUUUUGCAAAUGGACUAAGCUGGGAUGCCAAGCAGGCUUGAUUGUUCAGUCUAUUUGUCAAGUGGUUAUAUUUGUAUUAGGGAUGCACCGACACCACUUUUUUCACAGAGCGAAUCGGAGUCUACAAGGACAUACAUUUGAGUAUUCGUUGAUACGAAAUACUUGAUUAUCCCAGUGCGUCUUGCAAUUAUGAUGACAUUUUUUUUAAUUUUAAACAAACAUUGUUCCGACACACAAACUCAUUGAACAUGGCAUCCGUUUCACAAGAUUUUUUAAGAAUAACAACUUGUCAUUACUAAAAUUGUCAAAUCCAACUGUCUGGUUUUCUACCACGUUUUUCAUUUAAAUGUUAACUGUAACACAAGGGCAGGACAACUAAAGUGUCAUUACUUCUCCAUACUUGGGAGUGUUUGACAAGAGUAAGGGACAGGUUCUUUGUCGUUUUGGGUUUUUUUUCUGUGUCAUUCGCAGUAAGCCUGUUUCAGGUGAAUGAGCCAUUUGCAGUUUCACCGUACAGGUCUAAGUCUAAUCAAACUUGCCUGACAUAAGCAUAUUCUUCGGGGUUGACAUGUCACAGCUCAUUGCCCGCAGGCCUGGCCUCAUCCGCCGCCACUUCGUGGUGGAAGCAAAGCUGGCCGUGCUGGAGUCUGGCUCGAGAAACUCAAAAAUUCAACAUCCAUUUUGCAGAGCAUAAUUUGCAGUUGGAUUUCAUGUUUUCUGUGUUUGCCUAAGAUCAUCUCCACACUGCCAGCAUGGCUCCUACCCCAUCUAGCUGGGAGAUAAAGUAUAUGUCAGGCUGAUAAAGUGGUCUCUGUGUCGUAAUAUCAGAGCAUUGUUCUAAGUCCGAGUAAAAACGUACAGUUUCAGCCCCGAUUCUGGUCUUGGUAUCAGUGCGUCCCUAAUUUGUGUGCUAGUUUCGAGGUGACAAAGGACAAUGCCACUCUAUUUAAAGGGGACCUAUGGACUAUAUGAUGUUGGUUCCGUUUUAAAUGUAGUUUCAAAGUAUUAAUGUACAUGUACAAUGAAAUGACAUAAAGGUCCUACCUGUGAGAUA